UCUAGACACGAUGAAGAUGGGUGCAUGGUUCGAUUUUCCAUUUUCGUUUCCUUUCUUUUUUCCAUGUAGUCGGUGUUAAAAACGGCGGUAGGUGAGUUCAUUGUAAACCAAUAGAAAUAAGAUUGUUUCUGUCGUAACUGAUGGUAUCCGUGGUGAAAAAAGGAGGUUUAUAAUGUCUGUAGGUUUAUUCCUACUACUUGAUUCAGUGUCACAUUUCCGCUAUUUACUGUGUACGAUAGUAGCAGACCUCCUGUAUGUUACCAUUUGUUAUUAAAAUAUGUCAUUAACAAUAAACAAAUGAAGUUAUCUGUUUAAAUGGAGGUCAAUUUCAUCACUAAACGAUAUCGAUGUUCUCGUCCCUGUUUUUUGGGGGGUUUGGUAUUAGGUUGAUCUUCGAUGAGGAAUAAUGACGGACAUCUUGUGGUUAUUUAUUUAGAUUUUUUUGCAAAUGUAUUUAAACCCUUGUAUGUUUCUGUUCUUGAUGAAUUAAACGCUCUGUUCCGUUUAUCACCAGUUGUUACCGAGCUGUUUCUAAUACUGCGGUUUAUCCAGCCGCUCUUUCUGAAAGCACGGUUAAACUAGCUGCACGUAUAUUUCAGUGGCGCGGCUUUUAGACACGUAGCGGUAAUAGCGCUGAAAGGAAAGCCAGCGUUCGCGAGCUCCUACACCACAGAACCAGAACUUCAUACAAAACCAUCAUUUACAAUAAAAGAUAAAGAAUAUUCAAUAUCACCGUAUAUCUCAGUCUAAUUUACACUAAUUUACAUUUAUGUGUCUAAUUUACACAGGAAUCAGUUUUUAAUCCAUUAUAAAAAUAAACAAUUCAGAUUGUUAGUUGAUCAAAUCCACUUAGAUCACUUCAUAACGAUCUACUCUAUGUUCAAGAUAAAGAACUGUUAGUUGAUGAAGUUAACUCACAUCACUUUAUAAUCACCUACUCCAUGUUCCCAAUAAAGAUCAAGCAAUUUUACUGUGGAUUUAAAAAAAAACUUCAUCAAAUUCGCCAUAUCUGUCAAUAUAAUUGUGUCAUGAGGCACUUUUUAAUCCAUUCAUCGUGUUUUUCUUUUUCUUGGAAAUUUCUUAACCCAUGUAACCUGCACUAGCGUCCUCUCAGCAUCUCAGUCGAGACAGUUAGCCUAAGAGACUAAUUAUUUUAUGGCUUUUUAUGGUUAAUGCUGUUCAGGAAACCUGUCAUCAUUCAAUCAAAUGUAUAAAAAGAACAGAGAGAAAUCCCUCAGUAACUUUUACCUCAGACUUCCCCUGAGGAGGAUAUAUGAGGAUUUUGUUUAUAUAUUUUAUCACCUGCUGCGUGCUCCAAGGUAAACUGUACAGUUUGAGUUAUAUUCAGUGAUGACGCUGAUGUUCAUGAUAUCAUUAGCUUAAAAAGUCUUUUGUCAGGAGAUUGUUUUUGUAAUACAUAAACAAACAGGGAAAAUAAGAGCUAGUUUAAGUGUUUCAGGAAGAGGAUCGGUCUUCACCCAUCAUUUGAAGACUCAGCUGUUCGGACAUCUAUGGGAAGUUCUUUCCAUUGUAGUUCAAUGUACUAAUUUUCAUGAAUCUACAUGACAACAAUAAGACAUGAAACUCAUAUGACAGCAUGACAUAAACAACCGGAUGUAAAAUUAUAAGUAAAAUUCCUACACACUGUACACACAUUAUGCAGAAGCACAGUAUAGGUGGACAUCACAGAGUGAAGAGAAGCUGAAGAGAUAUGAUGCUUAUGUAGGCCUGUAAGCUGUGUAUAAAAAAAGAACCAUUCUUGUGGCUGGUAAUAACUAAAACAAGUGAGGAAAACACCAGAUAUAUAGUAUUCAGUGUAUAAAGAUAGUGAAUGGCAGUUGAGAAGAGAUGUGGUGAAACUAGGGCCUGAUACAUGAUAGUACAUGAAGUAAAAAGUCAGUUCUAUGGUAAAGUUAAGUAAGUUAAGGUAAACUGACAGAAAAGAGCAGGCCGAGGUAAAUGAGAGAGCAAUAGCAUUUAUAAGAAGAGCAAAUAAGUUAAAAAAAAAAAGAAAAAAAAAGUAACAAGUAAAACUAAGUCAAUGAAAGUAAGAAAAUAAAGACAGCAUAUAGAGGUAGAUAGAGGGGGACUCUGAGUUCCGACAACCACCUCGGUGCCUGAAGAGAACAGAGUCUUGAUGUAUACCUCCCUCUUACCCUGAGAGAUGGUGGGACCAGUGGAGCAGUGCUAGUAGAUCAGAGGGAGCGAGGUGCAGAGUGAGGAGUAAUAAGAGCCUUGGGGUAAGAGCUGAUCCAUUCUUGGAUUUAUAGGCAAGCGUCAGUGUUUUAAAUCUGAUGCAGCUACUGGAAGCCAUCAUUUUUAGAGGAUGAAUUGAGUUCAGAGGUAGACCUGCCAGUAGAGAGCUGCAGAAGUCCAGUAUCUAAAUGACCAGAGACUGAACAAGCACCUGAGCAGUCUGUGUGGAUAAAAAUGGCAGAAUACUUCUGAUAUUGUACAGAAGAAACCGACAUGAGCGUGUCACAAUAGCAACAUGUGCUAGCUAUGGUGUUGUUAGCUGGUUGCUAUGCUAACCAAGUUGGUUGCCAGGGUGUUGGUAGGUGUUUCUCAUGAUGUUCCAACAUUAAUUCCAAUCUUUCCCAAAAGCAUAGGAUCACUAUUUGUAUAGUAUAUAACUAGCCUGUCUCAUACUCUGUAUAUUGUGGUCUUUAUUUAAUUUUUCUCUAUAACACUGUUUGUAAAUUAAAUGUAUUGUGUAGUUAUUUUAUGUCUGUACUUUUGAGGGUCACCAGCAGCCGGCACAAAAUUUAUAAAAACAUACUUAGCCUAUAAAUCUGAUAAUUCCUGUAUAAUUUCCUGGAUCUAAGAAGAACACUAUGCUGUCUCUGUCAAGGGAAAAUACUUAAGUUAUAGAAACGUGUUUCUAAAGCACAAAAUAACGGAUGCUUGUGUAAGAAAGGGCGUUCAUCACACUGUUCUCGUUCAGUGAAAAGGAAGAGACUAAAUCUAAAUUCGGGAGGUGUCAUGACAAUGCGCUUCUCAACUUCCUUGUCUUUACUGUUAGUCAUAAAGAAGCUCAUAACUGCUUACGAGUGCAGUAUGAGUGAAGGAGGAACAGGCUGAUUAAGACCGUUAAUAUUCAUUAUAAGAGUAAGAUCGAUUCAUUUUGUAUUUAUGAGGAUAUUUUUGGUGUAAAUUCUACACGUGGUGGAUCUUCGAGUGUCAGCUGUCUGAAGGCUGAUGUUUUCCAGAAUGUUGAGAAAUAUUACAGUAGCAGCGAUCCUCAUGUUACUGACAGGAGUUGAGACUCAGCACAGUGUAACUCUCUCCUCUCAGAGUCUAUGUGUUGUUACUGGAUCUACAGUAAAAAUCCCCUGUAGAUUUACAAAACCAUAUUACUCCACAGUCACAGAGAGAGAGUGGUAUCGAGUCCAGAGCUCUGAAGGAGAACCACGAGACCUGAACAAUGAUCCAGAAUACUCAGGACGAGUGUCUGUAAGCACCUGGUGGUCUGACUGUGAGCUGACAGUGAGGAAUGUGAGAGUGAGUGACUCUGGAGUUUAUAACUUUAGAUUUAAAACACAGAGCAGUGACUGGAUAUCAGCAUCAUCUGGAGUACAACUGACUGUUACGGACUUGCAGCUGAAGGUGGAUCCUAACACUGUGGGACAGAGAGAAGUGAAAGUGACCUGUAGCUCCACCUGCAGAAUCAACACACACUAUUUCUACUGGUACAGGAAUGGCCAUUACAUCAAAUACACAAAUGAUGCCUCCAUUGUUCUUGACUCCACCAGUCAAUAUGUUGAAGGCAGCUACUCCUGUGAGGUGUAUGAGACUGAACACCGCUCUCCUCCAGUGUGUGUACUGGGUAUAGAGUGUUGGGGUGUGACUUAUACUCCUAAACAUGUGUGUGCUCUGAAAAACACAUCGAUUGAUCUUUCCUGCUCUUAUAAAUAUCCUGCAGGCCUCACAGUGAUAAAAUCAGUAUGGUUCAUUAAAUGGCAGGGUGGUGCUGACCCUGAGGAUGUGAGAAAGGAUGAGGAGUAUCAAGGUCGAGUGCAGUACACACAGAGCUCCCAGAAUGACUGUAGUCUGAGAAUCACUAACCUGAGAGAGAGAGACGCUCGAACAUACAGGUUCAGAUUCUACACUGAUCCUACAGGAAAAUACACCGGAGAACCUGGAGUCACUCUCUGCAGUCGGUGGUGUGGUCAGUUACAGCUGUGCUGUUGA